AUGACGGAUAAGAAAGAUCCACAAAUAGAAUCUUCUUCUACUUCUUCCUCUUCAAAGCGAAAACAUAUGGAUAUAUUGGAUGGAUUGAAUAAUUUGGAAAACACGGAUGAUCUUGACGGAAUGGACUUUGACAUGGCUACUUUGGGUAUGGACGAAGAGUUUGAAGACUUUGAAGACUUUGAAGAAGAAGGCGAAGAAGACAACGAUAAUGAAGAAAAUUAUAUUGAUGACGAUGAAUUAAAAUCCAUGUUGGACACAGCCAAAGAUUCGCGUCAACGAUUGAAAACCGGUACGUUGGAAGAAGUGACUCAAGACUUUGCGGAUUUCGAAGAUAAUUUAUUAGCAUCGGCAAGUAUUGGGAAAGGACGACAUCGAGCAUUGAAAAAAGUAGCACCUGGCGAACAACGAUUACCAGAUGCUGUCAAAGAUCUUUUAGGACAAGCCAAUAGUUAUUAUGUUGAUCAAGAUUAUGGAAAAGCUAUCGAUCUACUUCAAGAAACUAUUACUCGUUUUCCUAAUUAUCACCAACCUUGGAAUACUCUUGGUUUGAUUCAUGAAGAAAUUGGAAAUACUACAAAAGCUUUGGAAGUACGAAUGGUUGCUGCACAUAUGAGUGGCAAGGAUGCAUCUUUAUGGAAAGAACUUGGUCUCAAAUCAAUAGAAAACAAUGCUAAUCGACAAGCUAUUUAUUGUUUUGAUAAGGCUUUGGCUUUGGAUCCUUUGGAUGUGGAUGCUUUAUGGGAUCGGGCGUUUUUACAAAAAAGUAUGGGAUCAAAUGAUGCUGCUAUUGAUGGAUUUCUUCAAAUCUUGGAUAUUUUACCUUAUCAUUUCAAGGUCAUCAACGAACUAGCUCAACUCUACCUAGUCAGAGGUGAUGCAAAAGAAGCCAUUCAACUCUAUGAAGCUGCUAUGGAACAUCAUAUCAAAGAAGCAAAAAAUAACCCUGAACACAUGGAAGACAACAAUGCAGAUGACGACAAUCCUUUCAGUGAAAAGUUGGGUUAUUCUGAAAUCAAUAUGCUUAGUGAACUCUAUUUGACCCUCAACGAUUAUCGGCAUGCUCUCGAUUGUAUCAAGACUGGUAUACGACACGUACAAAAUCGGCAACAUGAAACUUUGUGGUUGGAUAGACCCAAUGAUGACGAUGAAUAUUUACCACAUCAAUCACGAUCUAAUCAUAAACGAAGGAACAAUAAGGAUGACAGCGAUGCAAGUGAUUCUGAUUAUGUACCUGAAAGUGAUGAUGAAAAUGAAGAUAAUGAUGAUAAUGAAGAAGAUCCUUACCCAGAUACUGUUUUGGAACGACAAAAUAUACCUUUGGAACUUCGUGUGCGAAUGGGAGUAUGUCGGAUCUAUCUCGGUCAAGCGAAUAUUGCAGCCAAACAUUUUGAAUAUUUAUACCAACAACAUCCUUCCAAUUAUUCCGAUCUUUAUCAAGAUGUAGCUUAUGCGUAUAUGGACCGUCGGUUUUAUGACUUGGCUUUAGUUAUAUUCCAAAAGAUCAUCAACACUAUAGAAGAAGUGGAAGUGAACCUAUUGAUCAGAACGGCUGAUUGUUAUCGAGAAGUGGGUGAUCUGGAAACGGCUGUGGUAUUUUAUGUGAAUGUAUUGGAUGAACAACCGGAAAACUUGGAAGUCAUGACCUCUUUAGCAAUGGUGUACGAAGAACAAGGAAAGGAAGAUGAAGCUUUGGAAUUGGUGGACUUUGUGAUGAAGAAAACAAGGGAAUUAAGAAGGCGUGCGAAAGCAGAAGCGAAUGACAAGAGUCGUACAACAGCGGAUGCAUCAACAGCAACGGAAGCACUCGCCAUGGCUACUGCUGAAAGACUUUCUGCUCGACAAAAAGGCUCACUCUUUGAUGAAAGUACUGAACGACAAGCACUCAAAUCUGAACGUGAACAAAAACGAGAAUAUCGACGCCGUGAAGAAAAUGAACGACAGACAGAAGCCCUGACUCUACACGAUAAAAUAUUGGAAUUACAUGGAUUGAUGGCACCUUGUGUUGUGGAUACAGAUAGAACUGUUAUGCGAGAAUAUAUACGUGUGGCUCAACGAUUAUGGGAUAAUUUUAGAACGGCAAGAGUUCUUUUUCCCAAUAAAAGAAAAGUGCAACAUGAUGGACAAGGAUUUUAUGCAUCUCGGAAAAGAAACACUGGGAAUUUUGGUCUUCGCAUUCAUGAAGCUAAAAAUAUGGCAGUUCGAUUACGACAACGACAGCGCACAACAAGUUCGGAACCCCAGGAAGAAAAGAUGGCUUAUUCUAGUGACGAAGAAGAUGAUGAAAAUGCUGAACAAGAAGCUUAUACCAAAAAACUCUUGACUUCUGACUCAUUUAGAGGCAUUUUACUUGAUGAUUGGGUGGAUAUGUUUAUCAAAUACGCCUAUGUUCUAACUGUUCUUCAUCGUAGCGAUGAAGCUUUUACUGUAUUACGCACUGCUAUUGUUACUGAUGUUAUUUAUAAUCAUUCUGAUCGAAAAACUGCACUCAAGCUGGCCUUGUUAGGAUGUGGAAUGAUCGCCAAUAACCGAACGACUAUUACUGAUGUUACUCGAUGGUUUUGUAAUGUUUAUCAAUUCCAAACGGAUUCAUAUCGAUUAUAUGGGGCUGUUCUGUCAAGUGGGUUACAAGAUAUGCUCAAUUAUGCAGCUGCUGAUACAGUCAAAUACUUUAUUCGAAGUGUCAGAUUGAUGGAUGCUCUUCACGGUUUAUACUUAUCAAAACAAAAUGGACAACUGAUGAAUGAAAAGGAUGAAACAGAAAAGAUCAAGGAACUUCAAGAUGUGAUUCGAACAAUGCGAUCUGGUACGACCGAAAAUGAGGAUUAUGAACGGUACGAUAAUGCGAUCGAAGAUUUGAUGGAAGAAGAGAAAAUUAAGGAUUGGAUGCAACCAUUGGAAAAGAUCAAUCCUGGUUUACUUUCCUUGUUUGGUCAUAUCUUGAUGAUAGGAUCGAACUAUAUUGGUGCUAGCAUCUUUUAUAUGCGUGCAUUUGCUUUGGCACCAAAUGAUCCUCUCAAUACAUUAUCAUUAGCUAUUGCCAAUUUACAUCGAUCGACUCAACGAAAAACGGACAAUCGGCAUUUACAAAUCACCAAGGGUAUGCAAAUGCUUUCACAUUAUUGCCAACUUCGAAAUCAUAAUCAAGAAGCAGAAUUCAAUAUGGGCCGGGCAUAUCAUCUCUUGAAUUUGACUCACUUAGCAGUACAUCAUUAUGAACGAGCAUUGAUUCUACCUUCAGCAGCAAAGCAAGAUAGUUCUUCUCCUAAAUCCAUCGAUUCGAUUUAUACUUGGCCACCAACGGAAAUGGAUUGUGAUGAUGAUAAUGAUGAUGAUGAUGAUACAGAUUUGAAAAGGGAAGCAGCAUAUAAUUUGCAUUUGAUUUAUAUGACUAGUGGUGCUACUUCCUUGGCUCAAAUCUUGUUGAUGAAAUAUUGUAGUAUUUGA